AAGAAAUAGAAGAUGUACGCAAAAAAAGAUUGUACUGAAUUUAAAAGUAUGGGAUUGACGGUGCAGAGAAAAGUUUGGGAAAUGUGAAAAUGGAGAAGAUAGAAGUAUGGUUGGUUAAGAGAGAGGAGGGAAGAGUAUUUUAAAAUGCACAAUAGCAGAACGAAACAAUGUUUUGUUGGCGCCACGAAAUUCCCGUGGAUGCGAGCAAGCGAGGGAGAGGAGAGGAAGCAAUGUCAUUCUCAUCGCCAUAGCAGACACAAAAACGUUUAAACAAUCAAAUCGGAACAGAUUCAAUCAUUUCCAUCUCUCCUCACCUCACUUCUUAAUAAAAAAAUAAAUAAAAAUGCUCUCCUCUUCUUUGCCGGCGGCAAUCCUCCUUCUCUUCUUCUCCGUCGCCGCGGCCGCCGCCGACGAAGACCCUUGCAAUCGCGUAUCGCAAUUGGUUAAGAUACAGAGCUGGAUUGAUGGGAAGGAAGAUGAAGAGUACAAUGGUAUGAGUGCAAGAUUUGGCUCUUAUUUGCCUGUCGAAGCUGUUCAAACUGCCAAACUUCCCGCUGUUUUUGCCGAUCCUAUGGACUGCUGUUCCGCUUCAACCGUAAAGUUAUCUGGAUCAGCAGCUCUCUGCGUACGAGGAACUUGUGACUUCUCAGCUAAAGCUGUAGUUGCACAGACCGGAGGUGCUGCUGCCGUGUUUAUUAUAAACGACGCAGAUGAACUCUUUGAGAUGAACUGCGCCAGUGACCAAAGCGUAAAUAUUUCAAUUCCAGUUGUGCAGACAACAAAGUCAGUAGGAGACGCUCUCAACAAACUUUUAACAUCUAAAAAGAAAGUGGAGGUUUUGCCGUAUGCUCCAACUCGCCCAGUUGUAGACUACUCGGUUGCAUUUUUGUGGCUGAUGGCUGUUGCAACAGUUAUAUGUGCUUCAUUAUGGGCAGAUAUAACUACUCCAGAUCAAAUCGAUGAACGCUACAACGAGUUGUCUCCCAAGAGCGCUAUGUCGGAGGCAGGGAAAGACGAUUCUGAGGAAAUAGUUAACAUAGAUACAAAGGGUGCUGUCGUGUUUGUCAUUACGGCAUCUACUUUUCUCGUGCUACUGUUCUUCUUCAUGUCGUCUUGGUUUAUCUGGGUGCUGAUUAUACUUUUCUGCAUUGGUGGUAUUGAGGGGAUGCACAACUGUAUUGUAAGCCUCGGUUUAAGGAAACGUCCAACUUGUGCUCAGAAGAAUGUGAAUUUACCUUUCUUUGGAGAGGUUUCUAUUUUCUCGCUGAUAACGCUGCUAUUCAGCGUGACAUUUGCCGUUUUAUGGGUUGUAUUUCGGCACGAAUCAUUUUCAUGGUUUGGCCAAGAUCUUCUUGGCAUCUGUUUGAUGAUAACAGUAUUACAGAUGGCUCGGUUGCCUAAUAUUAAGGUUGCAACGGUCCUACUUUGUUGUGCAUUUGUAUACGACAUUUUUUGGGUAUUCAUAUCUCCAGUGAUAUUCCAAAAGAGUGUCAUGAUUACAGUUGCUCGUGGUGACAAAGCUGGUGGUGAAGCAAUUCCUAUGCUUUUGAGAUUCCCUCGUCUAAGUGAUCCUUGGGGUGGCUAUGAUAUGAUUGGAUUUGGAGAUAUUCUCUUUCCCGGUUUGCUUGUAUCCUUUUCUCGUAGAUUCGACAAAGAUCUUAAGAAGGGGGUCGUAAGCGGAUAUUUUCUUUGGUUGGUAAUUGGCUAUGCCUUUGGGCUGUUCUUCACAUAUCUGGGGCUAUAUUUGAUGAACGGCCAUGGACAACCUGCACUCCUCUACCUUGUUCCGUGCACACUAGGAGUCGCUGUGGUAUUGGGAUGCAAAAGAGGUGAGCUAAGUGUCCUUUGGAAUUAUGAAGCAGACUCGUCUUCGUCUUCCUCCAACUCCAACAAUACCUCCACGCCCGACACCAAACAGCCUCCCCAGGUUUAGAACCUCACUCACUCACUCUAUUGAUUCAUCCAAAGUCAAUGAGAUGCAAAUGCGAUUGGGUUGGGUUAGGAGAGUUUCCAGAUGUACACACAAUUCAUUCCUUCCUGGAUCUCUUCCAUAACUGUAACGUAACUAUCUAUUCUAUUCUUUCAUUCUUCCUUCUUUCUUCUCCAGCUAAUGCAUUAUAAAUUCUUCUUCUUAUUGUUUUUUCUUUUCGCCUUUGGAUGGAUGGGAAGGAUGCCACAAAUUACGUACGUGCUCUCUCUAUGCCUCUACCACGGGUGGAUUAAGUUUU